AGUCACAAAACGGUCACUGGUCACCGCACUAGUCAAGGCAUUCGAUUAAAUAAACAUUAACAAAACGGAAAAUAACCGGGAAAUUUUAAGACACUAAUAUCGUACCCAAUUAACAUACCUCUAAUUGAUAUUAUAUCACGCUUUAAAAACAACAGUCGUUAAUCUAAAUAUAUUUUAAAAUGUUAGUUAUCGUUGGCAUACCACAAGGGAGUAAUUUUGGUCCUCUAUCAUCUAAAACUUACUAAUCCGCCAAUGAUGGCUCUGAGCGCGAAACAAAAAUAACUGAAAUAGAAUAGACAAUUUAUCGUAGCAGACAAGCAGUUCUCAAUAUUUCACGAGUGAAUAACGUUGGAUUGAAGCAAGUGAAUUUUGAUAUAAAAAUAGUGAUAUUAGAGUGAUAUAAAGUGUUUGUGUGACAAUGGGGUGUCAGUUGACAAAAUUGGCGGCAUCUGAGUUAAAUCAAGAUCAUGACGCUAUGGACCGACCCCCGCCAGAGGCUGACCCCAGGUCACCAUUGACGACAAAGCAACAGUACUGCAUGCUGGCUUCGUGGAAAGGAGUCUUCAGGCAGAUUGAAAAGACUGGAAUUAUAUUGUUUAUCAAGCUUUUCGAAGAAAACGAAGACCUCCUUCAUUUGUUCGAGAAAUUUGGCGAACUGAAGACCAAAGAAGCUUUCGCGCUAUCGCCUGAGUUGGCUGAACACGCGACCAAGGUCAUGCAUACCCUGGACGAGGGGAUCAAGGGACUGGCUGAUAUAGAUACGUUUUUAAUUUACAUACGGCAUGUAGGUGCGACGCAUCAUCAGGUCCCUGGGUUUAAGGCCGAGAAUUUUUGGAAAGUGGAACAACCAUUCCUCGAAGCAGCGAAGACGACUUUAGGCGACCGAUACACACCCAACAUAGAGAACAUAUACAAACUAACGAUCAGAUUUAUAUUAGAGAAUCUCGUUAAGGGAUAUGAGGACGCUGGCAAGACAAACGGAGCGGGACAGACUUGACAAUAUUCUAAUAACAUUCGGUAUUAAAUUUAUUUAUUUGUGACCACCAUUUAAUUCAUAAAAAAGUUUAAACAUGUUUUAAAUGACAGAGAAAACUGUAGACCCAGUCAUAUUAUCCAUUUUGCUCAUACAAGAAAGAGGUAUGCGUAUUAGAAAUACAUAAGAUGAAACGAUCCGUCUCGUUUCAUCUUAUGUAUUUCUAAUACGCAUACCGUACGCACACUAUGUAUUAUAAAAUCCACAUCAAGGUCUAUUGCGUAGUUUUAAAUAUCUAAGCAUACAUAGGGACAGACAGCGGGAAGCGACUUUGUGUUAUACCACUUUUAUACAGUGUAGUUAUUAGCCGAAUUUGGCCGGGAAUUUGUAUGAAAGUAAGUAGUUUUCCUGGUCAGUGAUUAAAACAUGUUAUAUUCCUAUCUCACUUUACAACUGACAUCGAGACAAAAACUACAUAGGCAAGAGCACUGUAUCCGAGAAUUCCAACUUUCUAGGAAUACUAAAAACUAAGAAUAAAAAAAUAAUAAUAUCACACUUAUGUGAUAUGGAUAACGUGAAUAGGUUUUAACUUUUUUAUGAAGAAAAGUAUAAAGAUUUUAUAGAAUAGAAUUAUUAUUUUAAAAGGACGGAGCGUGUCACACAUCAGUCUAUUAUUUGUCAGUAAUUAAUUAAAAUUAAGAAGGGAAAUGAAAUUGUAUGUAACUUUAAAAGAAUGUGUCAUAUUAUUUUAUAUUUUUUAAAAUACAAGUUGCAAGUUAAUUAGUACACUUUGUUACGCAAAUAAAAGCAAUAAAAAUAUCUUGGAAGUUUCGAAUCAAUUGGACAUUUUGAAUCAAAAUAAAUGCAAAUUAGAACUUGGGAAAAAUCCCAUUACGAAUGUACGAGAAAACUUCAGAAAAGUUAACGGAAAAUUACUUUCAAACGUGAUUAGGUUUAUUAGAGUGUUCUGAAGCAAGCUUAUUGUAUAUUUAUGAGAUGUACGAAGAUUCAAAGAUUUAAUAUUUGUAGCGUAAAGCUGAAAAUUCAUGUAUUCUGAAGAAUUUAAAAAAACUGAAUGUAAAAAUAAAUAGUGCAAAUUCUUGAGGAAAAUACACUAUAUUUUAAUUACGAUAAUAUAUAUAUAGUAUUACCUAGUAGUUAUCGAUGUGUCUAAAUAAAACUAGUUAAUUUAUUUGUAACUAGCUUUUGCCCGCGGCUUCGCCCGCGUGAAUUUUAUAGCGAAUGGGGAUUAAAUGUAUCUAAUUUUCCUACAGGACCCUCCUCAUUUUCCGGGAUGAAAUGUCUAUAAGAUGUUAACCCGGGAUUCUGAGGCAUUUUUGAUUCAUAAUUAGUUUUUCAAUUAUCCUACGGGAACCUGACCAUUUACCGGGAUGAAAUGUCUAAGAUGUUAACCCGGUAUAUACGGUACCUACAUACCAAACUUAAAGCAAAUCGGUCCAGAUUUCGAGUGAUGCGCGUUCAGACAGACAGAGAGACAAACAUUUUUAAAACUAUAUUUUCGUCAUCUAUAUCAGUAACUAAGUAAUUCCAUGAAGAAUUUAAAAAAAAUAUCCAAUGUACAAAUUUGGCCUUUCUUCAAUUUUAUCAUAUGUAUUGAUAAAAGUCGGUAAGUAAUAAAAUUAUUUUAUAUUUG